UUGGAGGGGCGUGGCUAUCCAGAAGCAGGAAGUCUGACGUAAUUUAUUUUGGUAAAACGACGUCGACACAGAGGUGACGGGAAUAAUGGAGCAAAACGUUGAGGAAUACAAGUUGAUAUUUGAGAAGGAGGGAGUGUACCUCCACACAAAUGCCAAGAGGAGCAACCAGGACACCACCAUCCCAGGGUUCAUCCGAAUUGUAGAGCGGACUGGUGUGCCAGCUUUAGAGUGGAGCCCACUUGAGGAUGAGGGUCGCAGUGCCCCCGCUGUACUCUACACCAAAAAGGAUGGAGAAGGAGGGGAGGAGGACACAAACUUUGAUCCUGGGUAUGAGCCAGACUGGGCAGUCAUCAGCACAGUGAAGAAAGAUCGAGAACACGUCCCAGUCAAACACUCAGGUCAGUGGUCGUUCUCUCUGCCUCUGUCAGAGUUAUACUCUCUUCGGAGGGCUCGGUUCUCCUUGGGCCGAAACUUCCUGGUGCUGACUAGUAGAGGGGGCCACCCACUGCCCCCUCUGCACUUCCACAGAGGAGGAACCAGGGAGCUGUUCAGGGCCCUGCAACGUUACAUCAUCCUGGACCAGUCGCCGGUUGAAGGGCGGCUCUUCCUCGCCUACCCUCUUGACUCCGGUGCUCUGUCUCAGUCCUUCGAUAAGCUCCAGCUCUUCGAUGAUGGAGGCUCGGAUCUCGUUUCGAGAUUUAUCCAGGACCCUUAUGCCACUACAUUUGGUGGAUUCUCCAAAGUCACCAAUUUCUUCAGGGCGGCACUUCGGCCUCCAGGGUCCCCCAGUCACCUGCGAACUGCUCAGGAUCCUAGUUUGCCUCCGCAGUCUGAUGAAGAGCCCGGCUUCGAACUCAUUAACUGUGGGGUAGAGCUUGGUCCCAGACCAGACGUAACCAGGGGACAACCCCUGGACAAAUGGCAAGAGUUUCUGGACCCAGAGGGACGAGUGGAGAACCCAGAAAAGAUCAAAGAGCUCAUAUUCAGAGGGGGUGUCACACCGCACCUGAGGAAGGAGGUCUGGAAGUUUCUCCUGGGCUUUUAUCCAUGGAACAGCACUUUCAAGGAAAGAGAGGACAUUCUGCGGGCCAAGACGGACGAGUACUUUAGAAUGAAGGUGCAGUGGAAGUCCGUCAGUGAAGAGCAGGAGAUGAGGAACUCCCUCCUCAGAGGAUACAGAAGCCUGAUAGAGAGAGACGUCAGCAGGACAGACAGACACAAUACAUUCUUCUCUGGGAACGACAACCCGGGACUGACUCUGCUGCAUGAUGUGCUGAUGACAUACUGCAUGUACAACUUUGAUCUUGGUUAUGUCCAGGGGAUGAGUGAUCUCCUGUCUCCUCUCCUUUUCGUCACCCAGAACGAGGUGGAGUCCUUCUGGUGUCUGACCGGCUUCAUGGAGCUGGUGCACCAGAACUUUGAAGAGUCUCAGGAGGCCAUGAAGCAGCAGCUCCUUCAGCUCAGUAUCCUGCUGAAGGCUCUGGACCCGGAGUUGUGCGACUUCCUGGACUCUCAGGACAGCGGUUCUCUCUGCUUCUGUUUCCGUUGGCUGCUCAUCUGGUUCAAAAGAGAGUUUUCCUUCGAGGACAUCCUAAUCAUGUGGGAGGUCCUCUGGACUCAACUGCCAUGUGACAACUUCCACCUGCUGAUCGCCUGUUCAAUCCUCAAGUCCCAGAGAGGAGAGCUGAUUGGCUCAGACCACGACUUUAACACUAUUCUAAAACACAUUAAUGAGCUGACGAUGAAGUUGGACCUGCAGACUGUUCUCCAAGGAGCGGAGGCCAUCUACCUACAGCUGACUGCGUGCAAGGAGAUUCCCAUGAAGGUGCAGCAGGUUCUGGGUCUCUACACUCCCUCCAGUUCUGAAGAAGACAGCCCAGACUCCCAGGCCAGCGAGACACAACGCCUCCUCAGCCAGUCCCAGGCAGGAGCAGCUGCUUCAUCUUACUCCGCAUGCGCUACCACCUAUCCUUAAAUCUGCAGGUCAGCAGCUGGACUCAGUCCCCAGGAAAUGUAUGGACAAACUUUAUACAGUAAAACAAAAGAGAUACAGUAUAGGAACUCUAUGUGAUGAUACAGUAUAGGAACUCUAUGUGAUCCAGUGAGAAGGAAGGAGACUGUUGUUAUUAGUUGUCAGAGACAGGGGGCAUUGUUGAGGCUUUGUUUUUUUCAAGUACCCAUGAAUGUUACAAUUUAUGAUGUUAUAUAUGUUAACACUAUAGCAGCCUACUUGCAGUGCUCCUUGUCUUUGUGCAUGUUGUCCUCUUUGUUUUCCAUGACAGCUUGUCAUUUGUUUACGUCCUGUGUCCUUAUGUCCUGUGUCUUUGCUGAAGAGUAUUGACCCCUUUCUACUCUCCAUCUUCUUCUUUUACCUUUUCCCAAGUGAUUUAAUAUCUAUCUGUGUUUGCCGUGUACUUUCAGUGCAUUUUGUCUUGCGUCUCCUCGCCACUGUUCCGUAAGAAGGGAAGAAGAUAAAGGAAAAACUCACUGCAGCACCUUGUUACUAAUGUGUGAUGCCAUUCCAGCCCUAUGCAAACUCUAAUGCAUGCCUUAUAGUUUCCACAUGUGGCGUGGUAAUAUUUUAAUCCUUGUUAUUAUCGACACAAUGUCAUAACAUUUUCAUCCGCUGAUUAUUUCCAAAUAAAUGUUUAAAUCUUAAA